UGAUAUAAACAUUGACUGUGAGUGGCAAAAAUUAGCGAAUAACCAAUAGGCAUUAGGCAAUCGAGUUUUCAUAAUCCAUGUGAAGGGAACACCAUUUUCGAAUAUUUACUAUGAUAAAUUUAUUCCGUGGACAUUUGAACUACCAAAACCGCGUGAUGUCAGAAAUGUCAGUCACAGUUUGAGGUUAAGUCAAAUUAAAAUAAAUUUGCCGAACGCCUUUUAUCAUGUCCGAAACAGAUAUCGAGUGGCCGUGGCAGUACAGCUUCCCGCCCUUCUUCACCCUACAGCCAUACCCCGAGACGAGGGCCAAACAGGUGACGGCGUGGAAGAACCUCAUCUUGACUUACUGCCAGAAGACCAAGACCUACGUGAUCGACGUCAGGGAGGCGUCCCAGUUCCCACUGUUCAACAAUUCCACCAUCAACAGGAAACUAGAACACAACGUUAUCGUCUCGAUCCUGACGGAGCUGCAGAAACACGGGAACGCCGCCCCGUUGGACAAGGCGAAGAACCGGUGGGAGGUCUACUGGCACACGCUGGAAGAGUGGGCUUCUACCAUCUACGAGUACAUUUCCAACAGAGGGAUGCAGAACACGGUGGUGACUCUGUACGAGCUGACGCAGGGGGAAGAUACGCAGGGAGAGGAGUUCUACGGCAUGCAGCAGGACGUGUUAGUGAAAGUGUUGAGAGUUCUGGAGAAGGAGAGGAAGUGCGAGGUUAUACUCGACGACGAGGUGCAGGGUGUUAAGUUUUUUUAAGAACUACCAUUUUGGUGAAGAGUAAUGCGAAUUACAAAAAUUUCACAAUGUAUGUAUUGGAAAUUGAAUAAUUAUUAUUAACGUUCC